GGCCGGUCGGUGACGCGGCGGGGCCGGGGAAAGGCUCUGAUCACUGCCCGGCUGCGUGUUCGCGGCUCUGCUGGCCGUGGAAGUGACGUGCGUGGGGAAGUGUCUCGGAAUCAGCGAGAGUCGCGGGCGCCGAGGACCGGCCUGUGGUGUCUGGAAGGGAUCGGAGACCGGACGGGGCGCCUCCAGCAUGGAGGAUCGCAGGUCUAUCGUCUCACAAACCAGCGAUGUCAGCGACCUCCCUCUGCCGAAUUUAAGGCCGCGCCAUCAGGAACUCAUCCCCACCCCCUUCGGCCCGAUAAAGCCGUGGUCCGAGCUGCCGUGGCCGAUUAAAACAUACUUCUGCCUCGCGAUCGUCUCUCUGCUGUGUGUGCUCGGAUUAACCGUCGCAGAUCUCGCACGGCAAUCUAACGAGGACUUCACGGUGUCCCUCAUACAGUUAAUCGGGGCGGUGUUCUGCAUCUACUACGUGGCCCGCGGAAUCCUGCAGGAGAAUCGCCAGGAGCUCAUCGCGUUUGUCUUAUCUAUCCUGCUGGAAAUGAUUCGCUCCGUCGUGAACUUCAGCGUCCUCUCGAAAGAAGCCAAACCGGACAUCGAGCCACGUUUCAUUGUGAUCUUGUUGGUCGGCCUUUUCCACGUGAUCUGUGCCCUGAGUCUGGUGAUGGGGCAGAAUAUGAUGGCGUUCCGCGUCGGGGGCGCGCUGGAGAGCUUGCAGCUGCAGUACGUCAUGCUGAGCCUGUGCUUCUCGCUGCUCACUUUCGACCUUCAGGCUCAGCUUUGCCUUUCCGUGCUGGUCCUGUUUUCUGGCAUAUACAAGAUUUCCACGCUCCACAGCAUCUUACUGGGCAUCGGACUCUUCUGGGCCUGUCUAAAAGUUACCAUCGGUAUCAUUGCUAUUUUAAAAGAGCUGAAGCCUCUCGUGUGGAUCUUCGCCAUGCAGAAUAUCCCAGAAGUCGCUUAUCUUGUGUAUCUUCUCUAUAAGGUGGCUGUGGAAUGGGGCGUUGGAGAUUCCUACACCCUGGAAGCCGCCGCUAUAACUGGAUCCAUCAUCUCGGUCCUGAUUAAGGGCGUCCUGUUCUGGUAUUUGUUCCAAGUCUAUCGCAGCUUUGGCCAGGGAUUGAGAGAGAGAAUGUUUUCAUCUUAUGGAAAAAUAGAUUCCUGAGAAGCCCACCAUUGUCUACGGGGAAUGGAUUUGCCAAGAGAUUUUGUUUACCCUACAAGAAGUGCUAUAAAGUAGUGUGAACACGCGCAACGCCCUCCAGAACCUACUCCAAACCGAUCAUAUCCAUUGGAAUCGUGCCACGGCCUCUGCCCACCA